AUGGACUUGUCCCGUCUCACGGUGCCAGCCUUUGCAUCGCUCUCGGCCACCAUCAGCAACAAAGUCAGUGUCCACGUGACGCGGCCAUUCAUUGACGAGAUCUUCCAUCUCCGCCAGUGCCAGGCUUACUGCAGGCACGACUUUUCCAGCUGGGACGAGAAGAUCACAACGCCCCCAGGGCUAUACGUGCUAGGCACAGUAUACUCGCAUGUUCUACACGCGUUUGGCGUCAAGAACUCGUGUGGCCACGAUGCUCUCCGGUCGCUAAACUUGAUGGCCGGCGCAGCUGUGCUCCCGCUCGUGCUUUCCAUGGUGCCUACCGCUAAUUACUGGAAGAUCAACAUCGUGUCCAUGCCCAUUCUCUUCACGUACUACUUUCUAUUCUACACAGACGUUUGGUCCACCGUGCUAGUCGUGACUAGUGUAUUCAUGGUGGCCCGGAGGAGAACCAUGAAGGGUGCGAUCUCCGCCAAUUUGGCCGGCUUCUGCAGCUUGUGGUUCCGACAGACCAACAUCGUAUGGAUCGCCUUCGCGGGGCUCUUGAUGAUCGAUCUCCGGAGACGAAAACAUCCUUUGUUUGUCGCAAACGUGUCCCUAUUUGUCAAACAGGCGUUGCGCGACUGGACGCUUCUCCUUCCGUUCUGCGCCAACGGUCUCUUGUUCGGGGCCUUCUUGAAAAUCAAUGGCGGCAUCACCUUUGGCGACAAGGAUAAUCAUCAAAUGAGCAUACACUUGGUUCAGGUGUUCUAUUGCUUCUCGUUCAUGGCUUUCUUCACCUCCCCCAUCUGGUUCGGUGCGUCCACGUUGAGAAAUUACCUUAGGUUUGCGUUCGCCGGAAACAAAUCCUUGAACACUAUAGCCACGAUGCUCUCGUGUGUUGCCAUCCGCCACAUUAUACAACAUUAUACCAUUGUCCAUCCGUUCUUGCUUGCGGAUAACAGACAUUAUACCUUCUACAUCUACAGAAAGGUUCUCAGCAAGCCCUUGGCGGACGUGCUUUUAGUUCCCGUGUAUCAUUUUUCAAUUUGGGUCGUUUCACACAUGCUUGUGCGUACUUCUCGAAGAUCGCCGCUCAGCAUCUCGCCGUUGCUCGUGAUUGGGUUCUUUGGGUCAUUGGCACUCACAUUGAUCCCAUCCCCAUUGUUUGAGCCACGCUACUAUAUCGUCCCGUUGGUUUUGUUCCGUGUCUUUAUUCGUCCUGAACACGCAGCCACUGAAAAUCAAAGGUACAUGUGUGAAUUUCUUUGGUACACGCUUAUAAACAUGGUAUUCUUCAUCAUUUUCUUUUCGUACGAGUUCGCUUGGCUUUCGGAGCCUGGCAUUCAGCGGAUCAUCUGGUGA